UUCCUUGAAACCAAACCCUCUUUUUUCAAAAAUAACAAAUUUUCUAAGGUAUGAAUAUUUUUUAGUUUUGGAUGGUAAAUUUGUGGCAUAUUAUACAGUGCCUUGUGUUUUAUUACAUAUCAAUAACCUCUGUUCUCUUUCCUACACAAAGUAUUGAAAUAUAUAAAAUAAUUACAAAUUUUUAAACAUCAAUUUUCAAUAUUUUUCACUUUUUAAUUCUACUUUUACAUUUUUUCAUUGUGCUUUAAAAAGAAAAUGAAAUUUUGUAUUUUAUAAUAAUGAAUUCUCCAUGGAAGAGGAAUAAGAAUACUUCCUAAGAGUUGACUAAUGAAGUUGCGUCAAGUCGAUAGCUGGUGUAAAAUUUUGUCAAAAAGUAUGUAGGUCUUAAACAGAACAUAGGCAAAUUGUCCCAUCGCAUAUGUACUUGGGAACAAUAAGUGAAAGGAAAUAAAAUAGUUAGAAAAGGCCUAAAGAAUAAAGUAUUUGAUACCAGAUGGACAACUUGUAUGGUAGCUGUUUCACCAGUCAUGUGUACAAGCCAACGCUAAGAGUAAGAGAAAAACGGUCUAAAGAUUAUCACAAUGUAAAGUUUAUAAAAAGUGAUGAUAAGAGAGUGCUAACAAACGAAAGUGAUGUGAAAAAAUGGUGGAAAGAGUAUUUUGAAAAAUAACUGUAUAAAGAGUAUCAUUAGAAACAUAUCUGUUAUGAGGAGAGAGGAAUCAGAAGCAGUAAGAACAGUUAUAGAAAUGAAUGUUGAAGAAAGAAGAGGUAGAAGAAGACCAAAAAAGAAAUAGAGGGAAGUAAUUGAAUGCGAUAUGAGGUCGGUCGGCUGAUGUGAGCGUAGAUGAUGUGGGAGAUUGUGUCAAGUAGAAGUUUAGAAUAAGGACGGCCAACCCCAAGUAGUUGGGAUUAAGGCGAGAAAAAAGAAGAAGAUUUAUAAUUAUGAACUAUUUAAUUUACUAGAAAAGUAUAUCUGGGUCAUAAGAAAAAUAAUUUAGAACAGAUGUAUGCUAUUAAAGUAAUGAAAAAAACAGACAUGAUUAACAAGAAUAUGAUAACACAGGUGGUGAAUGAAAGAAAUGCUUUAGCUUUAGCUAAUAGUCCUUUUUGUGUUAAACUAUUUUACUCUUUGCAGACUUCAAGCUGUAUUUACCUAGUUAUGGAAUAUAUGGUUGGCGGAGACGUGAAGUCAUUAUUAAGUGUAAUGGGAUAUUUUACUGAAGAUGUAGCUACAUUUUAUGCUGCUGAAGUUGCAUUAGCGUUACAAUAUUUACACAGUCAUGGUAUUGUUCAUAGAGAUUUAAAACCUGACAAUAUGUUAAUAUCAGGUCAAGGUCAUAUAAAACUAACAGAUUUUGGAUUAAGCCGAAUUACAAUACAUAGAGAUUUAGAAAUCAAAGAUUUAAUAAAUAGUUCACCAAAUGUACCUACAAGAACACCUGGUCAAUUACUCUCUUUAACAUCUCAUUUUUCCUUUGGGUCAAACGAAAAAACUCAUUAUAGUAGUAAUAAUAGCAGUAUGAUGAAACUUAAUAUGGAUCAAGAUGAUGAUGAUUAUAAUAGUAGUCAUGUGUCUGGUAUUGUACCAUUUCAAUCAGCCAAUAACACAUUAGAAGGAACUACAUUUUUUACUUGUCAAAAUUGCAGCAUUGGUACUGAAUGUGGAUGUAGUAAAAUACAGGAUAAACCUCAUGAUACUCCUUGCUCAACUACAAAUCUUAGUAAAAGGUUUAAAUCAAGAACAGAUUCACUUAGACGUUAUAGAAGAAGAAUAUUACCACUUCGUGAUUUAGAAAAUAAUACAAUGAAUAGUUGUGGUCUCACACAACAAAUAAAACAAGUGGAUCUAUCCCAUAUUACACCAAAUACUCCAAAUUCAGCAGUAAAAAGUGCUAUGAAAUUGAAAGUUGAUGAACGAUUAAGUAGUGGUCGAGUUGCUAUUUCAACACCAGUUCAAUGUUCUCGAAAACGUUCAUAUGGGGAUACACCAAAAAAUUUAAAAAACACUAGGUUCUGUUUACCUACACCAACUCAUUCUCCAUCUUUCAUUAAACGAACUCACAUGGAUGAACUCAUAAUGAGUCCUAUUGCAACACCUUUUUUGCCAAAACUCACUCCUUAUAGAACACCUAAAUCAUUGAGGAAAGGUAAAAGGGCAAGUGAUGGUAGAAUAUUAGGAACGCCUUAUUAUUUAGCACCAGAAUUAAUUCAAGGAAUGGAACAUGGAUCUGGAGUUGAUUGGUGGGCAUUGGGAGUGUGCUUGUAUGAAUUUAUGACUGGCGUUGUUCCAUUUGAAGGAGAUACAGUUCAAGAAAUAUUUGAAGAUAUUUUACGACGUGAAUUAGAAUGGCCAUCAGGAGAUCAGACUUUGUCUAGAGAAGCAAUGGAAGCUAUUAAUGGUCUUAUGGCUAUGGACCAAAAUGAAAGAUUGUCGGGAUCCACCAUUAGAUCCUCUACUAAUCUUUUCUCUGACAUUAAUUGGGACAACCUUUUAUAUGAAGUUCCUCCAUUUGUUCCAACUCCUGGUAGUAUAGAUGAUACAUCAUAUUUUAUGGCUAGAAAUGAGCAACAAAACAUACAACUAUCCAACAUUGAUUUAGGUUAAUGUAUCAGUAAUUAUCGUGUCGAAUGAUCCUAGAUUGUACUAUUUUUAAUGUACUAAUAGGAUCUAGAUAAUGCUAUUAUUUGUACUUGAUCAUUACAUUUUUUUUUUUUUAUAUAUAUAUAAAGUUAAAUACACAUGUCUUUUUGAUGUUAUACAAUUAACUAUUAUUGUUAAGUUUAAAAAAUAAUAGUUAAAAAAUACAACUUAAAAUAUACAGAAUUAUUUCACUUCUCUUUAAGAUAAAAUGUAUUUAACUACCAUCAU